AUGGCAGCGCAGGGUGACUUUCUGCUGCGGAGCGAUGGCCGGCAGGAGCGGAAGGUGUUUCUCAUCAGGGGCACGGAUCUGGAGAUUGGUGGCGAGUCUAUCUCAUCUGAGUGGACAACGGACUCGGAAGCUGAACGGGCAGCCCAGAAAGACUGGGAAAGCCGAGGACAUCAGGAAGUUCCUUGGCUUUUGGAACGUGCUUCGCCGAUUUGCAGGCAAGCCAGACAUGCUGAAAGCUCAUGCUGCAUGUGCACUUGCCGGGAAACUCACAGACCCAUGCUCAUGUAA